UUCAUCUUGCAUAAUCACAGUUCUUGUAGCGAAAAACCGCGAAAAAUGGAAAUGGAAAUGGGACUUAAACUAACAAGAGUUGCAAAUGAAUCCUCCUCUACUGAAUUCCAAUUUGCAAAAGACAGAGCUGGCCCUCUUUUCCAGUCUACAGAAACAGACACAAUGUUCAUCCUUACUGUCCAUUUGAAAGGUUAUAUACAAGAAAACAUUAAGGUUGAUAUUAAUGAAGAAGGGACUAUUAUCGCGAUAAGGGGUGAAAAAUCGAUUCAAGAAACUGUGAUGGUAGGGUGGAAAUUGAUCAAAAAAGAUGUAGAAGUUAGAAAAUUUAGUAAGGCUUUCAAGAUUCCAGAUGGGGUUAUCUUGGAUAAAAUUAAGGCUAAAUUUGAUGAUGAAAAAUCCAUAUUGACAGUUAAAAUGCCAAAGAAAGUAAAAGGGAUUCUUGGAAUUGAAUUUGUUGAAGUGAAGGAACAUGAAGAAUUGCCAUUUGUAGCUAACAAAAUUUCUAAAAAGGUCACAUUUAAAGAAGAUAUGGAUAAACCAAAAGCAGAGGAAAAUCAAGAAAAGGAGAAAGAAAUUGUGGAGAAUGUAUUAGAAAGCAUAGAAAAACCACGUGAAGUAGUCGAAAAACACGUUGUUAAGGAUGAAUCAAUACCAAAUGUAGACUCAAACAUCCAGAGCAACGAGCCUCGCGGAGAUUUUGUAGGUCAUGAUGAACCUGAAUCAUCGAGUUCGAGGGAUGAACAUAAAGAUGAUCAAGCUAGUGUAACAUCAAGGAAAAAGGAAGAUGACAAUGUGCCUAAGAAGAGCUCAAAAAUUUGUGUGCCUAUUGUUGCAGGAUCAGCCUUAAUAUUAUCUCUUGUUGUGUUUGUCAUUCAUCUCUUAAGAAAUAAGAAUCAAUCUGUGAAAAGAAAAGGUUAAA